AUGUUCAACGUAUUCUUCGGAAGGAAGGCUUCAAGAAAGCAGGAACCAGAGACUUCGAGAAAGCAGGAACCAGAGACUUCGAGAAAGCGGGAAUCAGAGACUUCGAGAAAGCAGGAACCAGAGACUUCGAGGAACGAGCAGCAAGUCAAAUUAAUCAUUCAAAGUAAUCAAAGUAAGCUGGAGCGGAGCCAGAAACUCAACGAAACCUGGACAGAGUUGGUAGAUGAUAUAACUCAAAUCUACAAGCAGGAACAAAAUCUUUUGCCAUCCAGUUACAUUGCGCUCUAUACAAAAGUAUACAACUACUGCGUCACCGCUAAAGAAACGUCGGCAAAGCCAGUGAUAUAUGACGACAGGAUGGCACAAUGGCCAGAGCAUCUGCUGCAUAACCGAUUGAAGGAGUUCCUUGAGCAGCAUCUGCUCUCCUCGCUGGAGAGUGGAAUCGGUCUUGUGGACGUGGAAGUACUCCGGUUUUACACGAAACGCUGGGAAGAAUAUCAGUUCUCUAGUGAAGUCCUAGACGGCGCUUGUGGCUAUCUGAAUCGACACUGGGUAAUGCGAGAAAGGCAAGAAGGGUACAAGGACGUGUAUGAAGUCUACGAAAUGGCGUUAGUAACGUGGCGUGAAAACCUUCUCAAAAACCUAAACAAACCAAUUACGAGUGCAGUGCUUAAGCUGAUCGAGCGUGAACGUAACGGUGAAACGAUUAAUUCAAGGUUGAUAUCUGGCGUUGUGAAUUGUUACGUAAAACUUGGUUUAAACAAAGACGGUGCGGAUCCGGAAGGGCAAAAUCUGUCGGUGUAUAAAGAAGGCUUCGAAAAUGUGUUUCUUGAGGACACUGAAAUGUUCUACGCCCGAGAAAGCGCCGAAUUCCUGCGGCAGAAUCCGGUAACCGAGUACCUGAAGCGUGUGGAACAACGUCUAAGCGAAGAACAAAAACGUGUGCGGGUGUAUUUGCAUGAAAGCACUCAGAAAAGUCUGAAGGAAACGUGUGAGCGUGCUUUGAUUCAGAAUCACCUAGAGCAGUUCAAUGCCGAAUUUCAAAAUCUGCUCGAUUCCAACGACAGGAACUCCGAACUACAGCGAAUGUAUUCACUGAUGGUACGUGUCCCCGGAGGCUUGGUUGAACUGAAAACUAUUCUUGAAGCACACAUUCACAACCAAGGAUUGGCGGCCAUCGCCAAGUGCGCCGAAACUGCCUUGACUGACCCGAGAAUUUACGUCCAGUCGAUUUUGGACGUUCACAAAAAAUAUAACGAUCUAGUCCUUACUGCAUUCGAUAACGAUAGUGGUUUUAUGACCGCUUUAGAUAAAUCCUGCGGAAAUUUUAUAAAUAGAAAUGCAGUUACGGCUGCAAGCAAAAGCAGUGGUAAAAGUCCUGAACUGCUUGCAAAGUAUUGA